ACCGGCGACGUGAACGUUAGCAUUAGCGUUAGCAUUCUGCUGUCAGUUUGCUUGUUUAUCAACGUUUAAAAGUGUUCAGUCAUGCCCGAGACGGAAUCGCGAGCGGACGACGGGCAUCAUGAACCUGGCUCUUCAGAGGAACCUCUGCAGGACCUGAUCCUCUCCUCGCACUCGGUCCUGGAGGAGGCUCACCGGGCCGGCAGGAUGAAGUGCUCCAGGUGCGGAGGGUCGCGGGUCUUCUACUGCUACACCUGCUGCUGUCUGGUGGGCCUGGACCCGCGGCACGUCCCCAAGAUCAAGCUCCCCGUGAAGAUCGACAUCAUCAAACACCCGAACGAGACGGACGGGAAGAGCACCGCCGUCCACGCCAAGCUCAUCGCGCCCGACCACGUCUCCAUCUACACGUACCCCUGCAUCCCGGAGCUGGACGAGCACGCCGAGAACGUGGUUCUGGUGUUCCCGGGUCCCGACGCCAUGACGGUGGACGAGCUGGGCGAGUAUUUCACCACGAAGGGAAGGAAAAGAGAAGCGGUGGAUCGUGGAUCAGCGCACAGGAGGACCAAGAAACCUAAACUGGAGGAUCACCGGAGCGAGGGUUCGGCUACGACUCCUCACAGUCCGGAGAACCCCGCCUGCUCCGUCCAGAGGGUCAUCUUCAUCGACAGCACCUGGAACCAAACCAACAAGAUCAUCACCGACGAGCGCUUACAGGGUCUGGCUCAGGUGGAGCUGAAGUCCAGGAGAACCUGCUUCUGGAGGCACCAGCGGGGAUCUCCAGAUACGUACCUGGCCACCAUCGAGGCCAUCUACUACUUCCUGAAGGACUUCCACGUGCAGUGUCUGGGCCGAGCCUAUACGGGGGAGUACGAUAACCUGCUCUUCUUCUACUGCUUCCUCCACAGACUCAUCAACAAGGCCAAACAAGCUCAGGCUAAAUCCGCCUAGCGUCAGGAGUGAGGAGUCUGCCCAUGCUGCAUGUGCUCCUACCGAGGGAGUGGAGACUGUUAUAACAGCAUGUUAACGAUGGGGCUGAAGUAAAGCCAGUGCAGCAGGGUUAGUGUUUUUAUUGAUGGAUGUUUUAUUCACCACGUUACUGAGAGCGAACCCCCCCGGGCGAGGUUCAGUUCUGGGCGGAGGCGUGGCGGAUCUUGGCCUGCAGGGCGUCGCAGGUUUUCUUGGCGUCUCCGAGCAGCAUGGCGGUGUUGGGCUUGUAGAAGACGGGGUUGUCCACCGCGGCGUAACCCACUCCCAGCGUCCGCUUCAUCACGAUCACCUGCAGACGCCAGGAAGCAAAAAUGAAAUCCACUUUAAGUAAUCUCCCAGGGCCUUCCCUAAACUGAACCAUCACCAUGAUUCUCUACCCACUGCUAUUAAUGACAGGAUUUGAGUCAAUGAUUCUUUUAAUAUGACUCGUAGAAUCAUUUAAAUUCCAGAAUCAGCACCAUGAUUCUUAACAAUGACCGGAUGUGAGUCAGUGAUUCUUUUAGUAUGACUCAUCGACUCUUAGAAUCAUUUGAAUUCUUGAAUCAGCAGCAUGAUUCUUUACCCACUGCUAUUAAUGACAGGAUUUGAGUCAAUGAUUCUGUUAAUACGACUCAUAGAAUCAUUUAAAUUUCUGAAUCAGCACCACGAUUCUUUACCCACUGCCGUUUGAGUCAGUGAUUCUUUUAGUAUGACUCAUUGACUCUUAGAAUCAUUUGAAUUCCUGAUUCAGCAGCAUGAUUCUUCACAAUGACAGGUUUUGAGUCAGUUAUUCUUUUAAUAUGACUCACUGACUCUUAGAAUCAUUUGAAUUCUUGAUUCAGCACCAUGAUUCUUUACCCACUGCCAUUUGAGUCAGUGAUUCUUUUAGUAUGACUCAUUGACUCUUAGAAUCAUUUGAAUUCCUGAUUCAGCAGCAUGAUUCUUCACAAUGACAGGUUUUGAGUCAGUGAUUCUUUUAGUAUGACUCAUUGACUCUUAGAAUCAUUUGAAUUCCUGAUUCAGCACCAUGAUUUUUCACAAUGACAGGUUUUGAGUCAGUGAUUCUUUUAAUAUGACUCACUGACUCUUAGAAUCAUUUGAAUUCUUGAUUCAGCACCAUGAUUCUUCACAAUGACAGGUUUUGAGUCAGUUAUUCUUUUAAUAUGACUCACUGACUCUUAGAAUCAUUUGAAUUCUUGAUUCAGCACCAUGAUUCUUCACAAUGACAGGUUUUGAGUCAGUUAUUCUUUUAAUAUGACUCACUGACUCUUAGAAUCAUUUGAAUUCUUGAUUCAGCACCAUGAUUCUUCACAAUGACAGGUUUUGAGUCAGUUAUUCUUUUAAUAUGACUCACUGACUCUUAGAAUCAUUUCGAUUUCUGAAUCAGCACAUUGAUUCUUUACAAUGACGGGAUUUGAGUCAGUGAUUCUUUUAAUACGACUCAUAGAAUCAUUUGAUUCCUAAAUCAGCACCAUGAUUUUUUACCCACUGCUAUUAAUGACAGGAUUUAAGUCAGUGAUUCUUUUAAUAUGACUCCUGAAUCAGUAGCAUGAUUCUUUACAAUGACAGGUUUUGAGUCAGUGAUUCUUGUAGUAUGACUCUUAGAAUCAUUUGAAUUCCUGCAACUGAACGAGCGGGCGGAUCGAACCCGGGUUCUGUUUUCUGUGUGAUGACAGAAUAUGAAUCAGUGAUGGUUGGGAAAUGAAUCAGAUCAGUGAAUCAAGUCAUUACUUCACUGCUUGUUGAAGACAGGGCGGAUGGAUUCUCCACACAUGACUCAGUGAAUCUUUGAGUCGUUGCUGAGUUUAACGACAGGAUAUGAUUCAGUAGCAACUGCUGUGGCUGAAACGUGAAUGUAGUCAGUAGAAGAGGUGUCCUAAUACUUUUGACCAUACAGUGUAUAUUAUAUUGCGUUAUAUUAUAAUGAAUGAUCUGUUAUACUUAAAUGAAAUAAUAAAAUAUGAUGUAAUAAA